AAACAAAGCGUUACCGAUCCGGAAGAAGAAAUAAAUGUUUCUGGGAAUUUCAUCGUCAAGGUUUAAAUAGAAAAUUAUUAGUAGUUUCGACCUGCAAUUUACUUCCUUUUGCGAUUUGAAUAUAUGGGGUCAAUUGUUUCGCAUAGGCGUUAGAUAAAGUACCAGAAAAGAAUCAAAUCAUGGAAAAUUUGGACGGCCUUAACAACAAGCAACCGACAGGACAGGGCAAAUUUACAGAUGGGGCUGUUACACAACAUGUUGACAAUGAUAUAUUGGGUACGAAAGGGCUGGAAGAAACUGAAAAAAUGUUUGAAGAAAUAAGAAGACUUCCGCUGGUGGUAGAAAAGUCUCAAAAAGAACUUAGCCAAAUGCAAGGGAAUAUAAUACAACUGAGGCAGAAGCUUGCACAAAAACAAGAACAAGUUCAAAUGAUGGCCAAAACAAUGGAAAACGACCGAUCACUAGUUGAGCAGAUUCGCAAAGAAAAACAUGACUUGGUGAAGGAUAAAGAAAAGAUAGAGACAGAGUUAAUUAAUUGCAAAGGACGAUUGAGUCGGUAUCUGGGCAAUACACUUACUGAAAAUAAUCCUGGAAUUGCUGAUCUGAGCAAUGAAAACAGGCCCAAUAAACUUGGAGAACGGUUUUCAGAGCUGUACGACAAUCAGUGGACGGACGCGUUUGAAGACUUGGACAAAAGCAAUCCUAAUAACGAGCAAGCCAACGUUGAAUUACUGCUGGAUAUUCUUAUGGGUGCCAAUACACUUUGCAAAGAAAUAUCGGAAAAACAACACGCGGACUUGAGAAAAAUAGCGUACUUAAAGCCUUUGAUGGAGGCUGGGUCUCUGGAAACGGUUCUGGAGUUGAACAAGCAGCUAAAGGAGUUUCGGAGGUACACAGCGAAUCUGGCACUUGACGCCGUCCAAGAGAUGUAUACAGACCGAAUGAAAAAUAAUCGUAUGAUGAAACAUUUAAACAAAUACAACUCAGAACGUUUGACGUCGUAUAUUAAAGAGUGCGUGGAGAUAUGUUGGCUUAUGAAUGUCCAAGAACCGCCAGUCGUGUUGGCACCGGUUCCUGAAGUACUGAGCGGAAUAAACUUAGACCUUUAUCGGCACUACAUGAGGUCCGGACUAUGUGUAGAGUUCCUCGUAUGGCCUGCCAUGUUGUUGCACGAAGGAGGUCCUACGAUCAUGAAAGGCGUGGUCCAGGGCUGCGCUGCAGAUACCGUAAUCCAUCCAAAAUCCAAUGUCAGUCUAAAGGCACUAGAUGACGGUGGUGAUUGUGGAAAACCGAUUGUAGACAGUGCGACUGUCAAAGAAGCGGAUACAAAUUCGAAUGAGAAGCAAUCGAGUCGUAUAAUUGACGACCAAUCAACACAACACGGAAAUAUUCAUUCCGACCUACCAACGGAAUUUAAAAGUACUGGAAAGACGAAAAAGAAGAAAAAGAAGAAAAAGAACAGUAAGCAGCCGCAAACAGAAAAUAGAGAAAGUACAACUGAGAAAAAUGCCGAGAUUGACGACGACGCUUCGUUUUGUGGAAACGUUCAACGUGGUGUAAACGCAACCAACGGUAAGCAAGUAGCAACUGGUUCAGAUGUGGCCAUUAAAUUAAAAGAUAAUCAAACGGAAAUGAAUAGUAUAGGUACCUUUUCGGCGGAUCGAAGUGCUCAAUACGAGGUAUGUCUAGAGGCAAGAGCAACAAGCCUAGAAAGUAAAAUCGAAUCAGAGGAAGAUAGCGAGCAAUCGCAACAACAUAGUGGCAGCAAGAGUAAAGGCCCCUCUACUGCGAGAAAAGAGUCAACACAAUGUCCGACUAAUGCUUGUGAUGUUAUACCAUCCACGAAUUCUGGAAAGAGCAAAAGCAAACACACUAAUCCGACGUAUGCUGGACAGACUCAACAAGACACCACAUCUGUUGAUGGCAAAACUAAGAAAAAGAACAAAAACAGGCGCUAAAACAGUAUCUAUAUAAUAAAAUAGUUUCGUCAAUAAGAUAUUUUAUUCAAUUCUAUAUUUUAAGUUUGUAUUAAUUAUAUAGAAUUACAAGAGUUCGUUUAAAUUUGCAACAUAAUUAAAUUGUACCGUAUGUAUGAAAGUGCGAAAGAAUGAUCAUCGUAAAAAUGUAUGGACGCGUAAUGAUUUACCUGCACUGACAUACGAAGUGGACUUUUUUAUGUACAUGUACCUGCGCAGUUCGAUUAAAAAAUUACAUGUAAUGAUGACUGAAGGUUUACUUGUUCUUAGUUUGAAGAAUUUUGUUUUCAAUUGGUUGAAAUAAAUAAAUAAAAUGAAAAGAGA